UCGUAAAAAUUUUGGAUCAGUGAAAUUUCCAAUAAAAAUGAUUAUCUCACGGUUUACACAACUGAAAGCUGCAGCAUCUGCGACAAAUUUUUCAACGAUGAGACAACUUGGUGGUCGUACCAUUACCGAAAUACAAAGGCGUAAUGCGACACAUUUUCGUAGUGGUGCCUUAAAGCCUAAACCUGAGGAAAUGCCAUUUGGCAUGAUGGGUGUUGUGUGUGCUGUAGUACCUGGUCUCUUUAUAGGAGCGGCCAUAAGUAAAAGUGUAGCGAAUUUCCUAGAAGAAAAUGAUUUGUUUGUGCCCGAGGAUGACGAUGACGACGAGGAUUAAAUGACUAAUUUUUUGUGGACAUACGCGUACACCGUUAAUUGCCAAGACAAUAGCACAAAAUUAUUAAUGGAGCACAACACUAGUCAUAUUGUUAUAUAGUGAAUCUUAAGGUGAUGUUGUAAAGAAUAAUUCAAACAUGAUAAAAAUCGCAAAACCAAUUCAAGGUUAUGUUUAUGGUAAUAUUUUUUUAUUUAUCUAAUCCUUGACUAAAUUUGAUUUUUUUUAUUAAUAACAUCCUAAAAACUCACGUAUAACUAUAAAACGAACAUACUAAUUACUCAAAAUCUUUGUUUUCUUUUUGUACUCUUCCCUUUUAAGCAUAAAUAAAAAAUGUUUAUCUUUUUGUAAUUAAAACACAUACUUACAUACAUAAGUACGAUAUGUAUGUGUGUAAGAAAACCGUUAAGUCUUUCCUUCAUUCUUGUUCUCUUUUAAGCUUACUAUUCUCAAUAUAACUGCGAAAUUAUUGUAUUUACUUUAAAUUUAAAAACGGAUUAAAAUCAACGAAAUAAAUAGUUUAUUGAUUAAUUAAAAAAGAA